GCCGCGUGCGCCUCCGACGUCGCGGCGGCCAGCCGAGCGUGCCGCGCGUGGUGGGACGCGCUGCGGCCGUUGCGCGAGGCCGCGGCGCUGCACGCGUAUGGCCGACGCGUCAAGCACGACCCCGUGACAGGAGCCAGAGCCGUAGCCGCAGCCGCUGCCUCGCGCGGGGGAGGCGAACGUGUGGAGACGGAGAGGCAGCGCGCUCUGGGGCUGUUCCGGCGGGCGGCGAGGCUGGGCUCCGCGGCGGCGAUGGUGGACGCCGGGCUGAUGUGCUGGGAGGACGGGCGCCGGGAGGAAGCCGUCGGUUACUACCGGAGCGCUGCGGACCUGGGACAUCCCAUUGGGAUGUGCAACCUUGGGGUCUCCUACCUCGAAGCUGAUCCACCCAAGGCCGAGGAAGCUAUUAGAUGGUUUUAUCCAUCAGCAUCUGCAGGCAAUGCUCGUGCUCAAUACAACCUAGGCCUUUGCUUGCAGAACGGGAAGGGUGUCAAGCGGAAUCAGAAGGAAGCUGUAAGAUGUGAUACCUCUGCUAUGUCGGUGUCACACACCACUUAAAAUUUUCCUUACAGUAGAAGUAUUUCUGUUUUCUAUACGCAUUCAGUGGUUGAAAAAAAACUAGGAUAAUUGGUACACUAUCCUAUUCAUACAAUCUAUGCAUUUACCACACCUCUUACUAGAUAUAUUAGGAAUAGACAACUGAUGUUCAGUUGACGAACUACUCGUUACCCUCUGAUCUGAUGAUGCUAUUGAGUACCAGACUCUUUUGAAGCUCUUUAACUCAGCUAAGAGAAAGUAGCUUUUAAUUUGAAAAAAAGUAAUCUUGGUUGGGUUUCCUCUAUCAAUGUAAUUAUGAUCAUGUCACCUGGACCAAUCAAAAUACACUAACCAGCAGAUACUGGACUACCAGCAAGUUCCCAUACUCUUUUUAGUACUUGAGUUGUGCUGAAUAUGAAAGAGACUUAUUAAUGCAGGCAAAAUGGUAUUUGCGAGCUGCAGAGGGAGGGAAUGUACGGGCCAUGUAUAACAUUUCCCUGUGUUACAGCUACGGUGAAGGGCUUGCACAGGAUCCAGUGCGUGCUAAGAGGUGGCUUCAACUAGCUGCUGAUUGUGGUCACAAGAAAGCUCUUUAUGAGUGUGGUAUUAAGCUUUGUGCGGCAGGAGACAAGGUCAAGUGUCUCAUGUAUCUAGAGCUGGCGACACGGCGUGGAGAAGCUGCUGCUGCUCACAUGAGGGAUGUAAUACUUGAAUCGCUCUCGGUUGUGAAUGCGCAGCGUGCCAUGUCGGAUGCUGAUAAAUGGAAGCCUAGGACACUCCAUCCUAGACCUAGAAGGUGAGGAAAUGACGACGCCAAAGUGCAGAAGAACCAUAUCAUCAAGAUGUCCACACCCUAGUCAUCUGUGGCCAGAAUUGAAGCACAGAAGGUCGAAGCAAACAUGUAUGCUUCCUCGGCACCCACAGCCACAGGAAUGUCAGUAGCCAUCCUGUGGCUCUCUGUAUAAAGCCAUCCAUUGGCAGAUGUAAUACCAGGAGAACUUGUAGUACAGAAAGUUCUGUAGC